GUCACUCAAUUUGAGACGGCCGGAGAAAGAGAUUAGUAGGUCCGGAUGACUACAAAAGAUACUCAUGCAACAAUGAUAGCAAUUGAGAGCAGUGAUUUGAACGGCGCUAAAUGAGUAAAUUACCGAUUCCCACAAGAAAUUGACUUGGAGAGAGGUGAAAUGAAAAAAAAAUCCACUUACUCACUCACAUAACACUGAGCUGAUAUGGAUCUGCAAAUAGCCUCGUAGACAUCACAUCGGGAAUUACGUCCUUGUAGUUGUUGUUGUUGUAGCUCCACUUCACACUCCACUCUAACAUGCUCUCUACUAAUUUCCAACUCCAACUCUCACUAUUCUAAGUAGUUGGUGGAGUUUCUCAACCCUAACAUAACCACAAUUCCAACUCAGAUCUGAUCCUAAUUUAUCAAUUAGAUAGAUGGAGGGGAACUCCGGAGGGGGUGGUGGUAGUAGUGGUGGCGGUGGUGCUGACGUGGAGCUUCUUUGCAAGACGUUACAAGUUGAACACAAGCUAUUUUACUUCGAUCUGAAAGAAAAUCCUCGUGGUCGUUACCUUAAGAUUUCUGAGAAAACCUCUGCUACUAGGUCCACCAUAAUCGUUCCCUUUUCCGGCAUUUCUUGGUUCCUCGAUCUCUUCAAUUAUUACGUCAAUUCCGAUGAACAAGAACUUUUCAGCAAGGAAUUGCAGCUCGAUACAAAGGUUUUCUACUUCGACAUUGGAGAAAAUAGAAGAGGCCGUUUCUUAAAGGUGUCUGAAGCUUCUGUCAGCAGAAACCGUAGCACUAUAAUUGUUCCUGCAGGAAGUGGCAGGGAUGAAGGGUGGGCAGCAUUCAGGAACAUUUUGGCAGAGAUUAAUGAAGCCUCGAGGCUUUUCCUUCUGCCCAAUCAGCAAAAUUCUGAAUCCUCAGAGCGACUGGUUGGACUUUCGGAUGAUGUUGGUGCUGGUUUCAUAUCGGGUCAUAGUACUCAACCUGCCCCCUCUUCUGAACUGAAUGUCGACAGGUCCGUUGAUUUGCCAGCUCAGGAUGAAAUUGGGAACUCGGGGGUCUCAAAAGUGAUCAGGGCUGAUCAAAAAAGAUUUUUCUUUGAUCUUGGAAACAACAAUAGGGGUCAUUAUCUAAGAAUAUCUGAGGUUGCAGGUUCUGAUAGAUCCUCCAUCAUUCUUCCAUUGUCAGGGCUCAAGCAGUUUCAUGAGAUUGUUGGUCACUUUGUGGAAAUCACCAAGGACCGUAUUGAGGGUAUGUCAGUUGCUAAUGUCCGUACAAUUGAUCCCCCUCAAAGAUGAAUGCUAACAUGGGGAUUAUGGUGACAAUAAGUAGUCCCCCUUUGCCAAGGUUUCAUCAUGGAUAUGAAUGGGUGUUGUCUUUGAAUUUGAUUUGUGCUAUUUUAUUUAUCCGCAGCCUCUUCCUUUUUCUAAUAUAUAUAUUGUUCUACAAUUAAGGCUUUUGAAAUAAAUCAAACACUUGUUUGUCAGCAGAAUAAUGGGAAUAUCUCUACAAGGUUAGUAAUUUGAAUAGGUAAUAAGGGAAGAAAAUGGACCAGAGACUUGUACUUGAUUGGAUAGUUUGGCAACGGGACUAUACUUUGUACUAAUGAUUGUUUAUUUUGCUUUCCUGCACAUAUUUCACAUGGAUUAAAUUUUCAUACAGGCUAAGGUAUCAACACCUAUUCAGAUCA